GUGUGGUAAGGGCGAUCGGGUGUUAAAGCUUAGAGAGAUUAAGUGACGAAAUAAGCAGUAAUAAAAAGGACAACGUGUGAUGAGUAUUGGGCCACCCUUCCCGGGAUAGACGCCACCAUUCGCCAGAUACACAAAUGGCGGUGCUGACAGUUAUGGCAUAAAAUCAGGAAGGAUACGAAUGGGAGUGCCAUAACCUAGGCCAUUCAUCAUGGAGCAUAAUGUAUCUACUGCAGGAUCUGCAGUAACCCAUGUUACUGGGGUUGGAUCCAUAGCGGGAGUGACUGGCGUCACUUCUGUACAAGGUGUUGGCAAUGUGCAGCCUCUGAAUGCGGUGGGUAAUGUGGCAAGUGUGGACUCUGUUGCUGGAUUGCAGGGUGUUACUUGGUAUAACUAUUCUCCUGUGGGCCAGUUGAUCACUGCAAGUGGCCCAGCUGUACAGGUGGAACUUGGCAGUCCAGAUAUUGCCCGUCAGUUCAACCAGCAGGUUCAGACGCAAUAUGGCAAUAUACAGCUUCAGGUACAAACUGUACCACAGGUCCCAAUCACCAAGGCUCAUGCUGUAAUACCCGAGCAGAAUAUUAUAGUUAAAAGUGAUCCAGGUGUAAUUGUGAAACAGCCAAAACCCCGAGUUCGACAGAGUGGGGGAGAACGUGUACCUUGCCCAGAGUGCGGCAAAACUGUUUCUUGUAACGCUACCCUUCGUGAUCAUAUGCGCACUCAUACAGGUGAAAGACCUUUUGUUUGUGGUGAAUGUGGGCUUGCAUUUGCACAGCGUUCAAACCUUCGAAUGCACAAACGUUUACAUACUGGUGAAAGGCCAUACAUGUGUGGGAUAUGUGGAAAAACAUUUGCACGCUCUUCACACUUGCCUGCGCACAUGCGUACACACACUGGAGAAAGACCUUAUGAAUGUCAUGAGUGUAACCAUGCCUUCAUAACAGCUCAGCAGCUUAAAAAUCAUUUUAGGGUUCACACAGGAGAAAAACCUUGGAAAUGUGACUUAUGCGAUGCAGCUUUCACUCACUCAUCGUCUUUAUCUACCCACAAGAAAAAGCAUACGGGGCAGAAACCUCAUCAGUGUGAGAAGUGUUCAAAAGCAUUUUUCUUUAGAGCUGCAUUAGACAAACACAUGAAAGUGCACUCCAGAGUUCGACCAUUCAAAUGUGACAAUUGUGAAAAAGCAUUCAAAUACAAGGAAAGUUUAACUGUACAUAAAGAAAAAUAUUGUGGUAAAGAAGUAUCUAAGAAACCAAGGGCUCCUCGCAAACCAGAUGCUAAAAAGCCAGGUCCAAAACCAGGGAGUGGGAGAAAAUAUGUACAGAAAAGGAAAGGGAGGCCUAGGGGUAGGCCUCGUAAGAGAGGACGCUGGGGCAAGAGAGGUAGGCCUAGGAGGUAUAUUAAAGAUGAGGAAGACGAGGAGGAGUUUGAUGAUGAAUUUGAAGAGAAGGACAGUAUUAUCGAUACUACAGAUGAAGUUCUCGAUACAGAGCAGAUUAUUCCAGAGGCUACAAUUGACCCACUGAAAAUAGAAAAGAUUACUGAUGACAUUGAAUUUGAACACGAACAAAAGUUGGAGGCACAGCAGGAUGAACUGCAGCAGCAUCAUCAUCAGAUUCAUGCUGAUCAUUUCCCUCAUACAGCGCAUGAAAUUCACAUUGAAGAUGCUACCGCAUUAACAAUCGUCUCUCCUGAAGAAGCUGAACAACAAGCAGCAGUUGUGGAUGCUGCAGCAGCAGGGGGUGUUCAGUUAGUUACUUUGCAUUCGGAAGUUCCCAUUCAGAUAGUAUCCCAUGACCCCCAAGUUCAAGUCACCCAUCAAUUGAUAACUCGUGACGGAGUGCAGAUGUGGUACCCACGGCAGUAUCAGUAACGUGUUUUAGAUGGUAGCACACAUUGACGUCUCAGCGUUAUGUAAUGAAAAUGAAAUUUUAUCAUAAUUCAUACAAAUUUCAUUUUAAGAAUGCUGUAAGGCUUUAGAAAUAUACAAUUUGUGUAAAAAGCUUCCUAGAAGUUUCUUUUGCCCUGUAUAGUAUUUUAAGACAUGAUAUGUUGUAUUUUUAUAUUUAGUGAGUAGGAUAAUAUGCGAGACUUAUUUGUGCCAAGUCAAUGCCUUUAUUUUAUUAGAUUAGGAUGACAAGAGCAUUAGUACAUAAAAAAAUCUCGAUAGUCUCAUGGUAUACUUGUAUUUAUGCCAUAAAAAGUUUUAUACACCAGCAGCAGAUUUUUGAUAUUUGAUUAUGUAGCGUGGUUGAGUUUUUAUUAAAUUUAAAGGGCAUGGAAGGAAGAUGAUGUACAUGUGCAUUUUGAUACAUUAAUGUUAUGUUAUAACAACAACAUCGUGCAUUACUCUGGUGCUUUACUCUGUUUUCUGAAAAUCUCAUUUAUAUUCUAGAUUUUAGAACUAAAUUUGUCAUCGAUGAUUAUAUUGUACAUGUUUAUGAUUAAGUUUGUUUUAUAUGAGUGUUUGUAAAAGGUGAUCACUAAACAUUUAUAUUGCUCAUAAAAAAGAUAAUUUCAGCAAAUGAAUUCUAGGUCUUCAGUUAUAUAUGCCAAUUCUUUUCUUGUAUUUUUUCCUAGUAUACCAAUUCAUUUCUUGUAUUUUUUUCUACUGAAUGAACUAUAUCCUCAAGAAAUGUUUUCAACUCUUUAAAAUAUAGGCCAGUCAAUUGUUAAUGCAACCAUAUAUAAUCAAGCAUGUCAUGUCUUAUAUUUCAUGCAGGAUGUAACUUUUGAGGAAUGGCUGUUAGGCAUCAAAUAAACACUGUUUACCUAUGCCA